AGCGGCCACUUGCUGUGAUCAGUUCUCUUCGACAGCGCGAGCGUGUUACAACUUUAAAAUUCUUUAAGCGGCAAAACGCAUGCGCAACGGCGCUAUUUACCCACACAACCUUAACAUAGCACACAUACAGUGCCAGCCAGUGGUACACGAACGCGGUAAGCGAGUGAGGAGCGCAUGUGCGCGUGUGCAAAAGUCAAAGAAGUAGAAAAUCUAUAUGUAAAGUGUGAAAAUAUGCAGAAAUAUUUUCAAUGCAAACGCGGAAAAUCGGUGAAAAAAUAUGAAAAUCCUAUAGCAAUGGGGCAAGAGCGUUUGCGGCGCAAAGAUUUCGGUUUGUAAAUAGUGAAUGCGAUCUUUGCAAAGAAAAAUUCCACUUCUUCCGACUGCACAAAAUUGCGCAAAGUGGUAUUGGUGGCGAUGUGAAGCAGAGAAACAAAAAGAGUAAAGAAGAGGGCCAAUGGUAAAAACGUGUCGUCACAGCGCCCGAAGCGGUGGUAAAGAAUUAAACAUACAAAACGAAUGCGAAAAAAUGUAAACGAGUUGAGGGAAAUGUGUAAGAUUUUGAAGAAAAUUGUUGAAAUAUUUGCGCAGAUUUUGUGAGGAAGUUGAUUUUUGGAUAGAGAUAGUGGAAAACCAGGCAAUUUGGCCUUUCAGUAAAUGUUUUUAAGCAACGCUCAACGCUUAGUGGCACACUUAACUAUACCAUAAAAUUUACAAACACGAACAGCGACCAUUGCUGUGGAAGAAGGCGUACUUGUGGCGAGCAAUUCGAGUAUUUGCUGCGUGAAUAAAAAAAACAUUGUAAUGAAAAAUGCCACACCACAAUGGCUGAGUAAAUGGCAACAAAAUGUUUGAAGUAUUAUGUGCACGCAAACCAAGUAAAUUCUGGAAAAAAAUUUUGAAUUUUUUUGUUAAUUAAACUUUCUCCCCACCAAUGACGAACUAUGAGAAUUUGCUUAAUUUGCCGCUUAAUUGCAAUGCAAAUGAAAGUAGCGGCGGUCUGGCAACGCAGGAAAUUAUAAAAAUGUCACAACGGGACUUUUCAGAGAAUGAGCCUGAGUGCACGCCCGAGCUGCCGGCCGCUAACCGCGCGCUGUUUCUCGAGAAGGUGCGCCAAUCGAACGCUGCCUGCCAGAGUGGUGACUUCGCCACCGCCGUCUUGCUUUACACCGAUGCACUUCAGCUCGAUCCCGGCAACUAUAUACUCUACAGCAAUCGCUCGGCGGCACGCCUCAAGCAAGGCCAGUUCGCACUCGCGCUACAGGACGCCACCAAGGCACGCGAGCUGUGCCCGCAAUGGCCGAAAGCAUAUUUUCGGCAAGGUGUUGCGCUGCAGUGUCUGGGCCGUUAUGGAGAGGCAUUGGCUUCAUUCAGCGCUGGGCUGGCGCAAGAUACGCAACACAAGCAGCUGCUGGCCGGUCUGAUGGAGGCGUCAGUGAAGAGUCCCUUACGCCAUGCGUUGGAACCCACAUUUCAACAGCUGCGCGCCAUGAAUCUGGACCAGUCGCCAUUUGUGGUUAUCUCGGUAGUGGGACAGGAACUGCUACAGGCUGGCCAAUACCACUCAGCGGUGACUGUGUUGGAGGCUGCGUUGCGUAUUGGCUCUUGCUCGCUAAAGCUGCGUGGUUCCGUAUUCAGCGCGCUAAGCUCCGCGCAUUGGGCGCUCAACCAACUGGACAAAGCUAUUGGAUAUAUGCAGCAGGAUCUGGCUGUGGCGAAAAGCCUCGGUGAUACUGCGGGUGAGUGUCGAGCACAUGGAAAUCUCGGUUCGGCCUACUUCAGCCAGGGUUCCUAUAAGGAGGCGCUCACCGCACACCGCUAUCAGCUCGUGCUUGCCAUGAAGUGCAAGGACACUCAGGCCGCGGCUGCUGCGCUUACUUCACUCGGACAUGUUUAUACCGCCAUCGGCGACUACCCCAAUGCCUUGGCCAGCCACAAGCAGUGCGUGCAGCUGGUUAAACAGAUCGGCGAUCGUUUGCAGGAGGCACGCGAAAUCGGCAAUGUCGGUGCCGUCUAUUUGGCCAUGGGCGAAUUUGAUUCCGCAGUGGACUGUCAUACACAACAUCUACGCUUGGCGCGCAAGCUGGGCAAUCAGGUGGAGGAAGCGCGCGCAUACUCGAAUCUUGGCUCGAGUCAUCACUAUCGACGCAACUUUGCACAGGCCAUCACUUUCCACGAGCAGGUGUUGCGCAUCUCAAAGCAGCUAGGCGACCGCAACAUUGAGGCGCGCGCAUACGCUGGCCUUGGCCAUGCGGCACGCUGCGCCGGCGACUGCGUGCAGGCGAAGAAGUGGCAUGAGAAACAGCUGGAAAUGGCGCUGGCUGCACGCGACAAGGUGGGUGAAGGCCGCGCCUGUUCAAAUCUCGGCAUUGUAUAUCAUCUGCUCGGCGAACACGACGCCGCACUCAAGCUGCAUCAGGCACAUCUAACCAUCGCUCGCCAACUGCACGAUCGCGCUGGCAUGGGCCGCGCCUAUGGUAAUAUAGGCAACGCUUACUCUGCCGCAGGGCUCUACGAGGCGGCUAUCAAGUACCACAAACAGGAGUUGACGAUCAGCAAGGAGGUGCACGACCGCAGCGCCGAGGCUUCGACGCACGGGAACCUCGCUGUAGCCUACCAGGCGUUGGGUGCACACGACAUGGCUUUGAUGCAUUACCGCGCGCACUUGAACAUCGCACGUGAGCUGAAAGACACCGCAGGUGAGGCAUGCGCAUUGCUCAAUUUAGGCAAUUGCUUUAGUUCGCGACAGGAAUUCGAGCAAGCGGUGCCCUUUUAUGAGCAAUACUUGAUGCUAUCACAGGAACUCGGGGAUGUGGCUGCCGAGGGUAAGGCCUGUCACUUCCUCGGCUAUGUGCACUACUGCAUUGGCAACUAUCGCGAGGCUGUGCGCUACUAUGACCAGGACUUGGCGCUGGCAAAGGACUUACAGGACAAGAUAAAUAUGGGACGCGCGUACUGCAAUCUGGGUCUGGCACACUUGGCGUUGGGCAAUACACAAGCUGCUCUGGAAUGCCAGAAGUACUUCCUCGCUGUGGCACACAUGACCAACCAUCUACCGGGCAAGUUUCGUGCGCUGGGCAACAUCGGUGAUAUACUGAUACGCACCGGAGAACACGAAGAGGCGGUCAAAAUGUAUCAGCGUCAACUAACACUUGCUCGUCAUGCACGCGAGCGCCCACUGGAAGCCGCUGCUUGCGGUGCGCUCGGGCUGGCACAUCGACUCAUCAAGAGAUUCGACAAGGCGCUCGGCUAUCACACGCAAGAGCUGACGCUCCGCCAACAAAUGUCCGACCUUCCGGGCGAAUGCAAAGCACACGGUCACCUGGGCGCUGUACACAUGGCCUUAGGCAACUACCAGCAUGCCAUCAAGUGUUAUCAGGCACAACUGGGUCGCGCACAGGAACUGCAAGAUUCUGGCGUAGAGGCGCAGUCAUUUGGCAAUCUCGGCAUCGCUAAACUCAACAUGGGACUCUACGAGGAUGCCAUCGGCUAUUUAGAACAGCAACUAGGUACACUGGAGCGCGUCAACAUGCCAACCACACAACAUGACCGUGCACGCGCCCUCGGUCACCUCGGCGACUGCUACGAUGCGUUGGGUGAUUUCGAGGAGGGCAUAAAAUGCCAUGAGCGCCAUCUUCAACUUGCGACGGGCUUGCAAAGUUACCGCGAUCAAGAGCGUGCCUACCGUGGUCUAGGACAUAGCCACCGCGCACUGGGUAACCUGCAAGAAGCUCUAGUUUGUCUCGAGAAACGAUUGGUGGUGGCGCACGAACUGGGCAGCCCUGAGGUUAAGGCCGUCGCCUACGGUGAUUUGGGGAACAUACACUCGGCACUGGGUAACUAUGAGCAGGCAGUUAACUGUUUGGAACACCAGCAGGAGAUUGCGCGUGAGCUGGGUGACCGCGCGCUGGUUUCAGAUGCCACCAGUGCUUUGGGCAAUGUUUAUCAGCGCAUGAAUGACGCUGACGGCGCUCUGCGACUGCACAAAAUGGACUUGGAAAUGUGCGAGCAUUUAGGAGCAGGUGCACUGCAAGCACGUGCUUGUGGAAAUCUCGGCGCGGUAUAUGAGUCCAUACGCAGCUUUGUGGAUGCGGUAAAAUUCUAUGAAAAACAAUUGGCACUGACUGUAGAUCGUCUGAGCAAAGCAUACGCCUGUGGUUCACUUGGCCGCGUUUUCCAUGAAAUGGGCCAGCAUUCACAGGCCAUCAACUUUCUACGCCAAGGCUUGGCAAUCGCACAAUCGAUCAACAAAUCGGAAGAGGAGGCUAAAAUAAGAUAUCAACUCGGUCUUGCUCUCCGCGCUUCCGAUGACAACGAAGAUGCGCGCACUCAAAUGGAGACCGCCGCCCAGCUUCUCGAGUCUGUGCGCUAUGAUCAGCGCAGUCCUGAGGGCCGCACCAGUCUCUUCGAUUUGCAAACAUCUUGCUACCACAUAUUGCAACAGAUACUUGUAGCCACACAGCGGAACGAAGAUGCCUUGGUAGCUGCCGAACGUUGCAAGGCACGCACGAGUCCCGACACCAACAGUAUCUCGCGUAAAACAACUAUCACUUGCAGCGAUUCCAUCUACGACAUCGUGAAUCGUGCCAAGACGAACGUACUUUACUUCAGCUUGGCUGGCGAUGAGCUUUACGCUUGGUUUCUGCAGCCACAAAAGGGCAUCGUACGUUUCCAUGUUGUACAUAUCAACGAGGAGACGCUAAAAAUAUCUAGCGAGAAGCUGGCAGAACACUCAAAAAAUACCCAGCAAAAAGGUAGUUUCCUGGAGCGCUACAUCAACAUGGUACGCGACAAUUUGGGCGUCAACUCGGAUAGUGUUCUACUCGAAGGUGAUGGUAGUGGCUGGCGUUCGAGCUCGGAAAACUUACUCGAUGAUUUUACUAACGAACGCAGCGGCUUCCUGCGCAUGGUCAAUCGCAAUCACUUAAUGAACUCCUCCAACUACUCACUUAGCUCACUGUUUAGUUUGGGCUCUGUUGGUGGCUCGGUCGCUAGCCUACAAGGCUCCACACGCUCCAUUGGCAGCCAACAGGGUUCGACGCGCUCACGACGUGCACCCACAAUACCCGCCUGGCAAGGUCCAACUUGUCUACACACACUCUACAACUUACUGCUCGAACCAUUCGAUGACUUACUCCCGUCCGGCAGUUCAGUUUCACGUCAAGGUCGCAAGGAACUUAUUUUAGUGCUGGAAAAUGAGCUAUAUCUGGUGCCGUUUGCCAUACUACGCAGCUCCAAGGAAGAUGGUGAAUAUCUUUCCGAACGCUGCUCCAUUAUCACGAUACCCUCAUUGCAAACGCUGCGUCUGAAGAGCAAAAUUUUGCGUACACGCGAAUUGACCGAGAACCUGAGCACAUCCUUGGUUGUUGGUGGACCACGCAUACCUUCUGUAUUGUCCGAAACAUGGGGCUGGUCGGAAUCGCCUGCUUCGCUACAAGAAGCCGCCAUGGUUGCCGAUAUGUUGCAAGCGAAGGCUAUCGCAGGCUGUAAUGCCACUAAAGAAGCUGUCAUCUCAGAACUGCCAACUGCUGAGUGUGUGCACUUCGCCGCCAAUCUCAGCUGGAAACUUGGUGCAGUUGUGCUCAGCCCAGGUGAUGUGGUGGAUUCACAGACCCAGAAACGGUAUUAUCAAGCGUCAGCUGGUAAUGGUUCACAUGAUGAAGAAAGCAACGAACUCUCUGGCGGCAAUAUAGAGUUGCCACAGCUUUCUGAUUUCAUACUGUCCGCUGCCGAUGUGCUCACCAUGAAACUCAACGCCAAGUUGGUGGUGCUGAGCUCUUAUCACUCCAUUGAGCCAAUCACAGGCAUCGGUGUGGCUAACUUGGCAGGCAGUUGGCUCUGCGCCGGCGCCGGUGCUGUACUUAUCUCUUUGUGGCCCGUACCAGAGACUGCUGCAAAAAUUUUACUACGCGCAUUUUACUCUGCACUUUUGCAGGGCGCGCGUGCUGCAAGAGCUCUUGCAGAAGCCAUGCAGACCGUACAACAUACUAAACACUUUGCUCACCCCGCUAAUUGGGCUGGCUUCCUGCUAAUCGGUGGUAAUGUGCGCCUCUCAAACAAGGUCGCCAUGAUGGGCAAUGCUUUGUGUGAACUAAUGCGUUCGCCGGAAAAAUGUCGCGAUGCGCUACGCGUAUGCUUGCACCUGGUAGAGAAGAGCUUGCAGCGCAUACAUCGUGGCCAGAAAAAUGCCAUGUACACAACUCAAAAGAGCAUCGAGAAUAAAGCCGGACCGGUUGGCGGUUGGAAAGAUCUUCUUAUGGCAGUCGGCUUUCGUUUCGAACCUGCCGCCAAUGGCAUACCAUCGAGUGUAUUCUUUCCACAAUCUGAUCCGGAGGAUCGCCUGUCACAAUGCUCGGCUAGCCUACAAGCGCUGUUAGCUCUUACACCGCUCACAUUGCAGGCUUUCGCGAAGCUUGUUAACAGCACCGAUUUGGCGGACGAUAUUAUUACACUUAUUCGAAAUGUGUUGGCGCAGUUUCCUCCUAAAGGUAGUCCCGAGACGGAAGCAUGCUUCGAGAUACCGCUAAGUGUGCGCUUGUGGCGCGUUGCUGGCUGCCAUGAACUGCUAGCAUCUAUUGGAUUCGAUCUAACCGAAGUCGGACAGGACCAGGUGACGCUACGUACAGGCAAGCAGGCGAAUCGUCGCAACUGUCAGUUUGUGUUGCAAGCGCUCUUGGCACUAUUUGACACUCAAGAGGCGCCUAAAAGUCUCGGUUUGGACUCGUCCAGCAGCUGUGAAUCGCUCGCCGAUGACACGGAUGCCGACCUACAAGUUUCAGUCUCCAAUCCUGCAUUGGCUCUGACAUCCACGUCAACAUCAACUUCAUCACAUCUUACUGUAGACAAUACUAAGUCCAUGGGUCUUGGUUUACCACUGCCGCCAAUAAAUCGCACACGCGUGAUCAGUAGCAGCGGCAGCGCAUUUAUUUCGUAUGUGCGUCGUCGUGGAGAACCGGAUGGCGGACGUACCGACACCGACUCGAUUCCUAGCGCAGCAGACUGCGCCGGCUCAGUGCUUUAUCCCACACAGGAUUCCAGCCUGGCCAACACUACCGACAGUGAACUCUCAGAUGGUUACAUCUCACAGGCACAUAUCAAUAAGACCACUGGUCCACGUUUGGGCUACUCUAGCUUGCGCGCACCAGUUCGUGUCUCUCGUCCUGGUGGUGGUGGUGAAAGCGAUGCUGCUUUUACACCCAGUCCACCGGUCACCACACAAAAUCCAGUGGAGCAGAAUGUUUCAAUGGCAUUGGCACAUCAAACUCGCAUACGCAAUCUUUAUUCCAGCGCUGGUAUGAAUUAUUUGGGCGAUAGUGUCAUACCGGAAAUGAGCGUUGUGCCGAGUGGCAUCUCCAGACGUCCAGAUAGCUCAAGUUCUGCCAGUUCUACGACUGACUGGGAGAUAUCUGGUCAUGCGACUGUUUUGCGUCGGAACAACCAACCGCCACAUCAUGGUCAUAUGCCCCCAUUGCCGCCGCCUAGACAGAACCUGCCGCUGGUCGACAGCCUGCGGCCCGUUCCUCCAAUGGCACCUGUAUACAACAAUCUCGGUCCUAAUACUUCUAUGACACACACUACAACAUUGGCAUCAAUACACAUGGAGUCCACAAGCUCAGAAUCAGAAGUUGAGCGUGGGUUAGAUUUACCACAGACUCCGAUGUCUCACUUCCGACUCAAACCCAAAAUUAAGUUGGGCAACGCUCAGUCAACGGUGGCUGCACGGCUUAGCAAAGAACAUGCACUCUUCAUGGACCGACUUAACGUGCGCGCUGAUGUUCCAGCUAAUCUGAAUAUGAACCAUAAAGUAGCCAGUAGUACAGCUUGCGCACCACCCGGCAGUCGUAAACCCUUAAGCCUGACCGAGGAAGACGACAAUGCGCUCGUCGUAACUGCAUCGAGCCUCUACUUCUCCCAAGCUGAUACCGAACUGCUCAAUGAAGCGAAGAAGGAUCUUCAGUCGGCAGCAGCAGGCGGCUCCACGACAAGUAGCAACCAAGGGGCCACCGCCAAAGAAGCCAGCAAAGUGAAUCAUAAGAGCAUACAAGACUCGAUAAUGCGACAUAUGAACCGAGAAACUCCCACAAUUUCGGAGGUAUACCACGAGCGUAACCUAGGCCUGGGAUUAGCUCCACCACUCUCCAAAUUGCUGCUGAGUAAGAACUACGACGACGAACCGAAUGUGAGCAGCAGCAGCAGUAAACUCGGCAGCUCAUGCACCAUUAAGAGCAUUGUAGAUGCCGUAAACGAGCUGGAACUUAGCGGCACGUCGUCUUCAUCGUCUGUCAGCACGGCGAACACGAAAACACUGAACAUACCGGCGCACAGUACAAGUAACAGCAACAAUUCUGUUAUCGCCAGCAGUUGUGGGACCAGCAAUGCGGGCGUAAGUAGCACCAGUAGCAACGCUACCAACACUUCAAUUGCCACAAAGGAUACGUGCUCAAUUUGUGGUGAACCAGCUGACAUUAUCUGCCGCUGCAAAGCAGCCACUGUGCAGAAGAAAGCCACGCUAAAGCCGUGGCUCAGCAAUGUACCCUCGAGCAUAGUGAAGGCAAGCGAGCUCACGACCGCCGACAUACUGGAACGACAGCACAAGAUUAAGACGAAUGUCGGCAACAUUAAGACCAAAGCUGAGGUGGUGGCCAGCAUGACUAUGACGAAUAUGAAGCGCGCAAGCAGCCCAUUCAAUGAACUUUGUCGGCGGGAUGAGGGAGAUGGUCGAUCCGUAGCAGACUCGCAAUGCAGCAGUACUUACAAAACAGCGGCGGCAGCGUUGGGUAAUGCUGCUAGCAAUGCCGGCGGAAGUGGAGUGGCGAAUAGUAAAGAUGGUGGAAAGAUUGCAGCACAAGCUGUGGGCAAUGCUGUAGUAGGGAGGAAACUGUAAAUUGAGGAUAUACGAAGGAUGAGAAAAGUACAUUUAAAAGGCGUGGAGGGGGAAGUACUACAUGAGACACUUAAUUAGAAGAGAAAGUAAAAACGAAAAAUGGAGCGGAAAC